UACAGUCCCAAUACUCAGGAGCGAAUGCGAGCUAGAUUCUCUGCGGUGCAGAGCUGGACAAACACAGCACCUUAACGCUGCUUUACUGGCUUAAGGACAUAUUUUGGAGUAUCCGGGAUCGGGACGGGAGCCCAUCACUGGUACUCGCUUUUGUCUUUUUAUGCUUUGAAAUUACGUCUGGAGAAGAGACGCAUACUUGCGCACUGAGACUUGACUUUCUCCAGUCCUGUGAAUAGACUUCAAAGACUGCAGCUGACGAGGUCUGUGUACCCUUAUGAGGCAAAUGUCUUUUGCAGUGCAUUAAUCCAGAAAGUUUUUUUUUCUUUUCUUUGUUUGUUUCAAUUCUGCGAGUGACACUGUAUGUUCCAGCGCUCGAGUGUGUCGCGUUUGGAGAUCAGUUCAGAACAUUGCAUGCGCAAAGAGGGGGAAGGAAAGCAAAAGUCGGUUUUUGCGACGCUGGUAAACACUUUGCUAAAGAACAGGGACACGAUGAGCGCCGAUCUGGCCAUGGGGCCCGAGUUGCCCACCAGUCCGCUGGCGUUGGAAUAUGUCAAUGACUUUGAUUUAAUGAAAUUCGAGGUGAAGAAAGAGGCCAUGGCGGGGCUCGACCGUUCAAAUAUACGUCAGUGCAAUCGCCUCCAAGCGCAGGGCUCCGUAUCCUCCACCCCGAUCAGCACGCCCUGCAGCUCUGUCCCGUCUUCCCCGAGUUUCAGCCCCACGGAACAGAAGAAUCACCUCGAGGAACUUUACUGGAUGCCCAGCGGUGCCUACCCGCAGCAGAUGGAUCCUCAAACGUUAAGCCUGACGCCCGAAGACGCGGUGGAGGCUCUUAUCGGUGCCACGGCCCACGGGCACCCUCCACCCCCGCACGUGCAGCAGCUGCAGGCAGGAGGGUUCGAUGGAUACAGGCACCCGCAUCACCCCCACGGCCAUCCGCAGCAACAUCAUCAUCACCAAUACGGCGGGAUCCCUCAUCACCCCGACGACCUGCCGGGUCACCCCGGGGCGCAUGGCCACCACCACCAUCACCACCACAGUCAGGACCCCGACAGCCCCUCUCCUACCUCCCCAGGGUCCCACCAACAGCUUCACCACCGUCAUCAUCACCAUCACCACCCGCACGCCCACCCAGGCCAACAGGGUCACCAUGGCGUCGGGGGCAGCCUGAACGUCGAGGACCGGUUCUCCGACGACCAGCUGGUGUCCAUGUCCGUACGAGAGCUCAACCGGCACCUCCGGGGCUUCACUAAGGAUGAGGUGAUCCGUCUCAAGCAGAAGCGCCGGACCCUGAAGAACAGGGGCUACGCGCAGUCCUGCCGAUACAAGCGCGUGCAGCAGAAACACGUGCUGGAGAACGAAAAGACCCAGCUCAUAAACCAAGUGGAGCAGCUCAAGCAAGAGAUCAACCGGCUGGCCCGAGAGAGAGACGCCUACAAACUCAAGUGCGAGAAGUUGACAGGAGCGAACGGGUUCCGCGAGGCAGGAUCCACGAGCGACAACCCGUCCUCUCCCGAAUUCUCUUCAUGUGAGUGUCCUUAUGCCUGAGAGACAUUACUAUUGCGAUCAUUUCAAUAACAGCAGAUGUACUCGUAGAAUAACCCACAAGAAAUAAUAAUCUCAUAUGUAAUCAUCGCCACUGACCUUGGCAACUAAACUACGAAGAACAUGUUAGAAUGUUUUCUGGGAAAUUGUAGAUUAGUGGCUUGUAGUAGCCUUCCCCUUUCUUAAAGAUAUCAGCAACAAAAGACAUUUGAAGAACUGGGUUUUACGUUUAGGAUAAUAAUUCAAGGUAAAACCGUCUAUCCACUUAGUUUGUUCUUGGUUGUUCAAGAAAAAAAGAAAAUGUUUGUGUUGUAAGCGGAGAGAGGAACUUUGGACUUUUUCCACUUGGCUAAGAAAAAAAGUCAGAGUCGAGGGCACCAGAAUAUGCAAAACAUUACACUUCUCCUGUAUUAUUCCGCCCGAGUGUGGCGAUUGGGGAAAUUUAUGCAACAUCUCAUUGGUUUAUUGCCUGCUUGGUUAUAUAUAGAUCUACAAAUAUAAAUAUAUAUUAAAAAGAAAAGGAAAAACAACAAAAACAAACACGUAAAUCUGCAUUAAGAUAUUAAUCCUGCAUGCUGGACAUGUAUGGUAAUAAUUUUAUACUUUCUCUCUUUUUUCUUUUUUUUCUUUCUGUUCAUUAUGUAUCAUAAAGAGCAUGUUUUUUAUCUGUAGCUCUUUUUUUGGAGGGGGGAUUUACGCGAGACUGGCUCUCCAGUCGCUUAUUGUAUAUGGGUUUAUUUGAACUUGUAAAUAUAUGCAACAGCAAACCUACAAACCGAGCUGUUUGAUUUCCAACUUUUAUGAUUUGUUUUCGAUUUGUUUUGGAAUGGAUUUCCAGCAAUGGGCAUUUUUUUCAGUUGCAUUUCAAGUGAUCAAACUUUGUAAAAGAAGCGCACUUUUUGGGUAAUGAUUUUUGGUAUUGGCAGUUUUUAUUUUUGGUUGUUUUUGCAGAAGCCGCCUUUAAGAAAGACAUACUGCACAGCUACAUUAAGUAAUAGUGAAAUUUAAAGCACGCGUUUGAAAUGUGCUUAUAUGUCUGGUUGUAAUAAGGAACCCUGUUUUACCACACAUACAGGCUGUUGCAUAAUCUAUUGCUAUUCUAUACUAUGAGCAAUACUUAUAGGUCGUAUCUUUUUACUUUUGAUGGAUAUGAUUGGAAACUAUUUCAUCUACAUUUUUAGCUAUUUGAGCUGCCAGUUUUAUAAAUCAACAUUUCAAAGUGUAGUUAUAUGCUCCAGCUCGAUGGUGUAGGCUUCCUAAAUCAGGGGGUUGUGUAUUAUUGCCUAACAUGAAAACUACGCAUGCAUUUCAAUGGAGAGUUACAAUGAUCAAUGUUAAAUGUUUUCCUUUAUUUUUUUUUCUGCCGGUCAGUAAAAAAUAAGGGAUUCAGGUUCUGCAUAAUCUCAAAAUGAAAUUAUAUGUCUCAUGUUAUUGUUCAGUUUUUUUAUUUCCUUGUUUGUUCUAUUAUUAUGUCAAGAUUCUGGUUCUGCUGGCCAGAUGCAUAGUUUUUAUUUUAAUGAUUAAAUUAACAAACUGUCAGAUCAUAUUGAAUAAGCAUGGUGCUUGCAUCUAAGAAAUAUUGUUAAAAAGUCAUGCAUUUAACAAUCUUUUUGGUUUAUUAAUGAUUCAACUGUGUUGAAAUCAAAUGUAAAUUGCAGCAGCGGGUUGUUGUUUUGUUAUUUUGUUAAUUUCACGUAUUGUGAGGGGAUCAAUUUUCAAAUCUGUUUAUAUAAAUAGAAAAUGAAUAGAGUUCAAUUGGGACUGUUCCAUUCAGGCUGGUUUCUGUUUCGUUUUUGCUGUUUUUGGACAAAUGGUUUCCUAUUUUGCUUAUUAAAGUCAGUGAAAUGACA